AUGGCCAUAUCAACCACUCCCCUGUCAAUGUACUCAUCCAUCCUUCAGUCUCUCUGCUCCCAUUCUCUCAACCCUGCUGACAUCCAUCCUCCUAUUCAUGUUCCCCCAACACCUGCUUCAUCUGCAUCAACCCCCUUCCAUUCGAUUUUAAGUGAUGCAUGUGCGUGGUGCUCCUUGCCUUCUGUUGAGACUGAGAGCUUCACUGGAGGUAUAUACUUGACCAAAUCAUCCCCAGUGCAUUUCUUAAAAUUAGAAUCAAAUGACACCCCUGCCUUCUUAAAAAAGGUCGGAUAUCCCACCGGACUUUUGAAUACGGCACUUUGGCAUAUUUCCUACAAUCACCGUCCCAAACACUCGAGCAGUGUCAUGGCAGGGAAAUGGGUGAAAGAACAUGCUCAUAUUGCAUGUAUUGCUCUUGCAAGUGCCGGAAUUUCCUAUGGCUUGUAUCAUCGCAAAGAGGCAGUAAGAAAACUUUGCUCGAGGCGUCUGACGGGAUGUAUAAAGAAAACAGAAAGAGAAAUUCACUUUGUUACAAAUUCCAAAGAAUGGUUGGAGAUAUUUCCAGCUUUUUCAAGACAAGUGAAAUGUGAUGGUGCCGUUGGGUUUGACUGUGAAUGGGUUCAUGUCAAAAACCAACGUCGUCCAGUUGCUCUUCUGCAGUUGGCCUCCUCCCAAGGAACGUGUGUCCUUGUACGAUUAUCACAGAUGAAGGAUGACAUUCCAGAGACACUCAAGGAAUUCUUAGAAGAUGGCACAGUGCUGAAGGUGGGAGUUGAUUCUCUGAAAGAUGGAUAUUAUCUUGCAGCAGACUAUGGAUUAAUGGUGCAUGGAUGUGUUGAUUUACGUCAUUUAGCUCUACAAGACCAGCAGGCAGGUGACCAGGGGAAAGCUUCUCCCCCAAAACAGUUAAAUGGCCUAGGAUUAAAUGCUCUAACAGAGAUGUAUCUUAACCGCUCUUUAGAUAAGAGCUGGAGAGUGAGAGCAAGUGAUUGGGAGGCUGAAAAACUCACCCAAAGACAGAUACGAUAUGCAGCAGAAGAUGCCUUGUCAGGAAUCCAGAUCCUGAUAAAGAUCUUAGAUUGUUACUGGCAGCCAGCUUCUCUCACUUUAUAUAUUGCUCCAGAAGCCUAUUGGUACCAAGAAGUACAAUUUGCUUUACAAAGAAUGUGUCACCAAUGGACUGACAGAAAGUUUACAGAUGUCAAAACAGAUUUUGCACCAAGUGCUGGCAAAGGUAGUGGUCAGCCCUCAGUACCUGCAAAGAUGAAGAAGAUCAAAGAUGGAUUUUCAGCACGUAAAGGACCGCAUUACUAUAACAGUCUACUUUAUGCACCAGAUGAUCAACUGUUGUGUACAUGUGACUCCAAAAAGGCCUUGUGGUACGUUGCGAAGGGCUUGGGUGAAAUUGUGUCCGAAGAUCCUCUCACUGUUCGCCUUAAAUUUGAACCUACUGGACGACCACAAUACCAGGAAGGAGAUGGGGAAUUUUACCUUCAAGAACGUCUCAAUAAGUGUGUGGUAUGUGGCAAGGAAGAGAAGUUAAUGAAGAAGAAUGUUGUUCCUCAUGAGUAUCGUAAGCAUUUCCCAGAUAUUUUAAAGACUCACCAAAGUCAUGAUGUUAUUCUUUUGUGCAGUGAUUGCUUUCAGACUAGUAACAGUGAGGAUGAUCUCUUGCGUGCACAGCUUGCUAAAGAGUGUGAUGCUCCCAUUGGAAUUGAACACGACCACCAGGUUCAGGUGGAACGAGAAUGUAAAUUAGUGCGAAAUGCAGGUAGAACAUUGCUUAGAAGUCGAGACACCCUUCCAGAAGAAAGAGUGAAGGCAUUGGAAAAGAUAAUUAUGAAAUACUAUGAAGUGGAUUUCAUUUCAAAGGACCUCCUUGAUCAAGCAACAAACAUGAAGGCAAAAGUGUCCAAUGACAAGUAUCGUAUUCAUGGACAGAAAGUAUAUGAAAGGUAUGAAAAAACUGGAGUCAUGAAAUUGGAACAAAGGUGGCGCAAACAUUUCCUUGAAAGUAUGAAACCACAGCAUCUUCCAAAAUGCUGGUCAGUUAUGCACAACAUGUUUAAAAUGCGUCAGAAAAUGAGCUUCCUUCCCCUUGAUCACCCUGACCGCAUGAAGUUUCAGAUUGCAUUAGUAGGUUCUGAGGGUCAUAUAGAAGUGCCAUAUAUGCCUCCCCCAGCCAGGCAAAGCCUCGGAGAUUUCUCUUUUGAAGAAAAUGGAGAUGGACUGACUUUUGAAGCUUAAUCCCAUUCUUUUUGUUGCUCAGGAUUUGAUGGCUUUAAAGAAGAGAGCAUUUGCCACUGCUUUUUAAAAAAAAAUUCCAGUGCCUUGAGAGGAGAGCAGAUAUAUUUUCAUUACUUUAUCAUUCUAAAGUUUAAGCUUAAAAUUUUAAUGACCAGGGUGAAUACUCCCUUUCUGAAGUAUGCAGUACAAAUUAAAGACUACAUUUCACAAGCUUUUAAUAGCAUACAACUAUAAUAAUAAAAAAAAAUAUAUAUAUAUAUAUUUUUGUGAAGAAAAUGUAAUUGCACCACAAUCACAGUCUUUUCUAAGCAAUGAAGAUGUCACCUACUGAUGCAAUCAUUUUAUUUCAAAUAUUGAUGAAAGUCCAGAAAUGAUAUCAAAGAAGUGUUAUAAUUCACUGGAUGAUGUAGUCUAGCUAUUUAUUGUUUAUUUCCUAACUUUAUAUGAACGGAUACUGAUAGAAAAUUUAAAAAAUAUAUAGCACCUCUUAUAUAGAGAAAAAAAUCUUUGGUUUUAUUGCAUUUCAUUCCCGUACAAUAAUUCUGAUUAGAAUAUUGUAUAUGAAAAUGGUAAAAGGUAACAGAUUAAUUCUAUGAAUGCUCAUUUUUGACCUCUUUAGUUAACUUCUAACCAUUAAGAGAACAAUCAUUAGCUUAUUAUGUUUCUAUAUUGUCUCAGUGGAAGUAGUUUCUAUGUUUGUAUAUAUUUUGAAAACUGCUCUGUUUCCCUUUUUUGUCAGAGUAAGAAGCAUACAUUAUAGCAUUGAUUAAAUACACAAAACAUAACUAUGUUCAUGGAGAUACAUAGGACCACUACCUCAAAUGUAUAAGUAUAAAGUUACUGUGAUUAUAUAUAUAUAUAUAUAUAUAUAUAUAUAUA